ACUGUACCACAGUAGGGAGCGGGCAGGCUGGCUGGGUGUGUAGUCCUACUUCGUUGACAGACCACACACAUAUACUCCUUCCGUCACUCCCCCAUAACUUGAAAGUCUCCAGAUAACUAACAAACCUUAACUAAUCUAACUCUGUGGCUAUAGUGAUUCAUGAAUUAGAAAACUUUCGGACGAAUACUCAGAGAUUUAUAAUUCUCUCACGACACCAGGAAGUUUCAGAGACGGGUGGCAGCCUGUUGCUCUAUGUUAAUGUGGACGUCUUCCGGGAACAUAGAUAUUUGAAGGAAGAAAUUUGAAUUUUUGGGGUUGACGCGGACAGAGACUAGGGAGUGAGCUGUAACUGACGAGGAGAACCUAAGAGGUGUUGCCUAUAGGUCCAGUGAUUGAUAAGGGAGAAUGACCAACAGUGAGGUGAACUGGUACUGACACAACACUAACGGCGUGAGGACAUUAAUGACAUUAUCAUGCAGCGGCUGUGAUACUUUAUGAUAUAAUGUUAACUGAAGCCGACAUAGAUAAAACGAGAAAAAAGUUAAGAAUUUACGAUACAACAUCACCAACAGACGAAAAAAAUUAUCUUGAGUAUCGCAAGUUUAAUUAAAUCAGCUUAAUUCAAAGUGGUUAUAUUAUCUUAUCUUAAUAUUAAUAAGUAGUACCUUCAAGGGGCUGAUUAAUAUGGAUAGACUCUCCUUGAUAGUUUAACAGUUUUCACAUGACCUUCACGUUUAGAAUUUUUUUUUACAUAUUUCCAAUAAAUCCGAAUCCAGGACACAACUCCAAAGCAAAUAAUGACGAAAGAACGACUCGUAUGUUUUAUUCAUGCGUAUGUAAAAACCCUUUGUUCAGCCGUAUUUAAUAUGAGGUGAAGGCAUGGUGUCCCCAGCUACGAUAAACAUUAAAUCUUUUAAAAUUUUAGAAAUACAAGGAAGAAAUAGUGAAAAUGGUGAAAUUAGUGAUGGUAUAUAGACUUCCGGAAAAAUCUAUGAAGUGGUGAUAAACUUACUUCCCUCUGCGACCAGUUCUAAUAUGUUGAAUGUAAAAUGGAUUAUGAAAACUUAUUAUUUUCCUCUUACUAUUGCAAAUCAGAUAAUAAAUAUAUAAGUCCUCUACUGGUAAAAAUAAAGUGGAUUUUUAACACAAAAGUUUAGAGAUGAACUAAUAUCAACAAAUAUAAAGAAGGAUCAAGAACAUAAGACUAACAUAUUCACAAAACGUCUGUGAAUAUUCUUCUAACAUUCAUCAAGCUUCAACGUUGUUAAACUUCCCCCAACCUUUAACCUUCCCCUUGUCACUUGUUCAAAACUAGUGUCUACCUGUGAAUUACUGUUUAGUAUACAUUCAUUACCUGUUUGUGAAUUGACGCCGUUACUCUUUAAUAAACACGAGAAAUUUAAUUGAUAAAUCUUAGAUAUGACGUAGACACAGUUUUCAGCCCCAUUCACGCCUGUUUUACCUCUCCCUCAUUUCUAAGUACCUUCACUUUGUUGCCAGUCCUAUAGUAGUAAGUUCUCUUUGGCCAGCCCUUACUGCAGCCCUUCCUGACCCUCAAACAACCUCGUCAUGGAGCAGGUGGAGGCAGCAGGGGGCCCUGAUGCCGCAGUAACACUGACCUUCAUCACCGCCCUGGUUAAUGCUACCAUUGACCCAAGUACCUACAGUGACUACAUCGAGGACUACAGCUACUCCUACAACGACACUGAAAACGCGACACAGCCAGAUCUCGCCGCCAAUGAGAAAUACUGCAGCACAGAGGGAUGGAACCACUUCCGGGAGAGUUACCAGGCGGUGCACGGCUGUAUGUCGCUGGUAGUGUGUGUCUUCGGAUCUAUCGCCAAUGUGAUCAACAUGGUGGUGCUGACGAGGCGCUCUAUGUUAUCACCAACCAACGCUAUCCUGACGGGGCUGGCUAUGACAGACCUGCUAGUGAUGGUGGAGUACAUCCCCUACACCAUGCACCAGUACGUGUGGCAGGGCCGCCCCCUCACCUCACAGUACUCUUGGGGCUGGGCCGUCUUCGUCCUGUUCCACGCGCACUUUGCUCAAGUCUUCCACACCCUCUCCAUCUGCCUCACUCUGAUAUUGGCCGUCUGGCGCUACAUCGCUAUCGCCUUUCCGCAGAACAACACCACCUGGUGCUCCAUGCAGCGCACCAGUAGAAUUAUCGUAGUCUCCUUCUUCUGUUCGGUAAUUUGCAAUAUUCCCAACUACCUCAACUUCACCAUCAGCACGAUAGAAUACAAUGGUCAGACAUUAUAUAUUGUAGGCUUCAGUGAACUGGCACAGGCGCACGGUGACUUAAUGAAGAGCAUCAACUUUUGGAUUUACGCAGUAAUACUCAAGUUGCUGCCAUGUGGCGCCCUCACCGGCUUGUCUUUUGCUCUUAUUCAGGAAUUAUUAUUGGCCGCCCGAAGACGCACACAGCUCAUGAAAAGAAACUCAGCAGGCCGCGCCUCUGACGCUGGGCGACAAGCCGACCGGGUUACAAAAAUGUUGCUAGCCAUUCUUGUGCUGUUUCUGGCCUCUGAAGUACCACAAGGUAUCCUUGGACUUCUGACGGUCAUUCUAGGCUCCGAGUUCUUCCCUUGCUACCAAAAACUCGGGGAAAUCAUGGACAUGUUGGUGCUCUUUAACAGCGCCAUAAACUUCCUGCUAUACUGCGCCAUGAGCCAACAGUUCAGGGACACCUUCAGCAACCUGUUCAAACCGUGCUGUGUGUCGGUGCUAUCUAUCCGCACGCCUCGAUAUAUUCUAAGCUGGAAGGCCGUACCCUCGGCAGAUCCAGGCCUGGAGAGCAACAACACAUGUAUCACACAUGUCUGAGACACAGAGGUGCUUCAACUAAACAUGUGUGGUCGCAGUGCGCGCUGCUGCCGCUCCUUGUAUCCCCAAACAUUUAUGAACAAAUUAGUCUCAGGCACCAAGCCAAGAGCUUUUACCGUUCAUUUAUUCAAGUUGCAUUUUGAGGAGCCAUGUUUUUCUGACAAUGUUUAAGAAUGAUUUUUGUUGACAUUUUAUUCACUGACUGAAAAUAGAAGAUAAUGGACCUUUCACUCGUAAACUAUUAUGUAAUAUAAGUCUAAAAUACAGCCGUAGUUGUCAACAACACUUCGUAGAAAUCCUGUCGAGUUUUCAUUAUUUUCACGCUCGAUAAACUCCCUGCAAUUGAGACAUAACUUUAUAUUAUAUACAUCAUAAUAUAAAUUUAACCUUAAAAACAUUUUGUCAAAGUUAAUGCGCUAAAAGUGUCAACAAAGGAACAACAAACUGAUGAUCUGAAUACCAUCUUGAACAUACAUUUACUGUCAAGGAUAACGACUUUAGAAUUACACCAAAGAGUUGGGACAUUUGUUCCUCAUCCACAGCGUGAUAAUAUGUUGAUUCAGUACUGGAUCUGUGUUGCGAGUUGAGGUUGUAUAUAUUCCUGUGAUGAACUCCCUACUACUGUAGAAUAACACGGAACAUUACUUAGAUGAAAGACGGUGGAAUGAUGAAAUAUUUUGGCAAUAGAAAUGUUUGUAAUUCAUGUUAUAGAAGAUCAUUAUGAGUGAUUUAUAUUUACAGUUUCACAAUGCUUAAUAUUCUUGUGUGUGUGUGUG